AUGUUAAGCAAAAACACGUCUGCAGGUACCACACUUUCUUUAGAAAGUUUUAGUGAGGCAUCGAAUUCACAAUCACAUCAAGUGCUAACUAAUCUAUGGGUACCAGAUGUUGAAUAUAAAUUCCUAAUGCUUGCAAAAAAUGAAAAACGUGGCUUAAGAUUUCAGCAUAAAUGGCUAAACGAAUUUAAUUGGCUGGCGUAUUCAAAUGUUAAAAAUGGGACAUUCUGUAAAUACUGUGUAUUGUUUGCAAAAAAUGGUGGUGUUGGAAGCCAGCCUUUGGGUAGCCUUGUUACUGUUGCUUUCAGCAACUGGAAGAAGGCAAAAGAGACUUUUCGGGCUCAUGGAAGUUUGAAACAUCAUACAUUGUCUAUUCUAGACUCUGAGCACUUUUUAAAAGUAAUAGAAAAAAAGGAACUGUCUAUAAUAGAACGAAUAGAUAAUAAUAGAGUGGUACAAAUUGAAGAAAAUAGAAGGAAAAUAAGACCAAUUAUUGAAUGUAUAAUUCUAUGUGGUAAAGAAGAGUUGGCUUUGAGAGGACAUAGAGAUUUUGGUGAUAUCAUAGUAGAUGAUGAAUCUAGGCAGGGCCAUUUCCAUGGUAUUCUCAAGUACCGAGCAAAAGGAGAUGAAUUUUUACGCAAUGUUCUUGAGGGUUCAGGGAAACGUAAUAAAUAUACGAGUCCAAUUAUACAAAAUGAAAUAAUUCAGUCAUGUAACACAAUUUUAAUAAGGAAACUAGUAAAUGUGAUUAAUGAAUCUAAAUGUUUCUCUGUUCUGGCUGAUGAAACAACUGACAUCUCGACUAAAGAGCAACUCAGUAUAUGUGUUCGAUAUAUUGAUGAAAACAAGAAGUUGUAUGAGAACUUUUUACAGUUUUUUGAAAUUGAUAGCUUGACCGGUAAUGACUUGGAUAACUCAAUAUUAAAUGGCUUUAACAGAUGUGGACUUGAUUGCAAUUAUUUAUAUGACCAAGGCUAUGAUGGGGCCAGUAAUAUGGCUGGUCGAUUUAAAGGAGUACAGACUAUUGUGAGAUCUAAAUACCCCAACGCUAUAUAUGUACAUUGUGCAGCACAUUCGCUGAAUUUAGCUGUUUCAACGGCUAGCGGUAUAAAACCAAUCAGAAAUUGUUUGGGGGUGAUCGAAUAA